AUGGCUGAUCUGCCGCUAAGGUGCUUGGUCCUUCCGAGGAAGCUAAGGCCACUAGGAGUGAGGCCCUCACUUCAUCCAGAGACUAGCACCGCACCCAGCAGCCCCCACCUCUCAUUCAUCUGCACAACGGCCUCCGUCUCGGAGCUCGCCUGCAUCUGCUCUGCUCUCAUCCUGCACAGCAAUGAGGUGACCGUCCGGGAGGAUAAGAUCAAUGCCCUCAUCAAAGCAGCAGGUGUAGAUGUUGAGCCAUUCUGGCCAGGCUUGUUUGCAAAGGCUCUGGCCAAUGUCAAUAUUGGGAGCCUCAUCUACAAUGUGGGGGCUGGUGGACCUGCCCCAGCAGCUGGUGCUGCACCAGCAGGAUGUCCUGCCCCAGCCACCACUGCUGCCCUGGCUGAGGAGAAGAAAGUAGAAGCAAAGAAAGAAAAAUCUGAGGAGUCUGAUGAUGAUAUGAGCUUUGGUCUUUGACGAAACUUUUGUAACACAUUCAACAAUAAAAAGCUGAGCUCUUCGCUGAAAAAAAAAACAAAACAAAAAACAAAGCUGGAGGCAUCAUGCUUCUUGAUUUCACACCAUAUUAUGAAGCUAUAGUUAUUAAAACAAUAUGAUAUUGGCAUAAAAAUAGACACAU